CCUCCUUGUCUGUGUUUAGCCUCCGUAACAAUACAACCUCGAGCCAUCACUCUGCCCAAAAGAAUAAAAUAACUCUUCUACUUCUGCUUCUUCUUCUUCUUCUUUCUUUGCAAGCGCAAAGGACGCCCCAAAGGUGAUUCAAAAAUGGAACUUUUGGACGCCUAAAGGUGCCCAUCCAGCCUAGUCAUCUCCCUGAGGUGUGCCUCCUGACCAUUAUAAGCGUUGCGGAGAUGGCGGAUGCAGGCGACGAGGAAGGAAGGAGGUGAAAGAUCACAUCUUUCCAUGACCCAAACACAGCAAUCUCUUGUUUGCUUCCCUCUCUUGGAUUCCUAAUCCUUCCCACCAGAUGGGGAUCGGCUUCUUCUCCUUGUACCUCUCGGUUUCCCUGCUGCUGAGGUGCUCGGCCUCGCAGCAGCCGAACACGGACGCCGCCUUCGUCUCCGACUUCUUCCGGAGGAUGGGGGUGGUUCCUUCCUCCACCAGUGACAACUCCUCCGAGGUUUGUUCGUGGAGAGGAGUGUACUGCGACGGCCCAACCGAGAGAGUCAUCAGCUUGGUGGCUCCCGGCUUCGGCUUCUCCGGUCCGAUCCCCGAAACCACCAUCGGGAAGCUCGGCGUGCUCCGAGCCUUGGAUCUCAGCGGCAACGACAUCACCGCGCUCCCUUCAGAUUUCGCGGAAUUGAGUGGUUCACUCGGGCACCUCAACCUCUCCUCGAACAACAUCGCCGGAGCGAUCCCCGGCAUCAUCGGCAACUUCAAGCUGAUGGAAAGCCUCGACCUUUCGCGCAACAGCUUCUCCGGCGAGAUCCCCAGGGAGGUGGGCUCGCUGUCGAGCCUGCGGGUCCUCGACCUCAGCAGGAACUCGCUGGAGAUGAGCAUCCCGGACACGGUUCUCGGAUGCGUCUCCCUUGUCUCGCUCGAUCUUUCCCACAACAGGUUGAAUGGGAGCGUUCCUGAUGGGUUCGGUGCUGCCUUCAAGAACCUGAGCGCUUUGGAUCUCGCACAGAAUGAGAUCAGCGGGAAGAUGCCAGACUUGUCGGGGUUGGACUCCAUCUCCUACCUCAAUCUCUCCCGCAAUCGUUUCCGAGACUUGGUUCUUGGUGGAUUCCGGGAGCCAUUGCAGGUCGUGGACCUGAGCAAGAACCAGUUCCACGGCCUCAUCUCUCAGGUAAACCGCAGCACCACCUCCAACUGGACUUCUCUGGUGUAUCUCGACAUGUCCAUGAACCAACUCGGCGGAGAGUUCUUCCCCGGUCUGGGAGAUCUGAGGUCACUGAAGCAUCUCAAUCUUGCGUUCAACGAGUUCUCCUCCCAAGAAUUGCUUCACAUCCAACUGCCUUCUGCUCUAGAAUACCUGAACUUGUCGGGAACCGAUCUCGCCGGCCGAAUUCCACCUGACAUCUCUCAAUUGCUUGACCUCAAGGUGUUAGAUCUUUCUCAGAAUCAUAUCACCGGCAACAUUCCCGAGCUGAUCACCCGAAACCUGCAAGUGAUAGACCUCUCGGUGAACAAUCUCACAGGUGAAAUCCCACAGUCCUUACAACAGAAGUUGUCCGGUAUGGAAAGGUUCAAUCUUUCCUACAACAAUCUCACCUAUUGCGGCGAGAAAUUCUCACCGGAAACUCUCCGUUCAUCGUUUAUCGGCUCGCAGAGUGACUGCCCCAUUGCGGUAAAUCCAGAUGGUAUUGGAUCCAAGGGAAGCAGACACGAGAAUUUCAAGCUAGGCUUGGCCAUAGCUUUUUCGGUGUUCUUCCUGUUAGCAGGGCUGAUCUGCCUCGCCCUUGCUUGCCGAAAGAGGAGCAGACCCUGGGCGGUGAAGCAGCCAUCGUUCGAGGAGGAGCUAAAUGCCUCAGGCCCCUUCUACUUCCAGGCAGAUUUCUCAACUUGGGUUGCAGAUGUCAAGCUUCCUACCUCAGUUCCUGUCGUCAUCUUCGAGAAGCCAUUGCUGAGCUUCACCUUCGCUGAUCUCUUGAAUGCGACCUCCAAUUUCGACAGAGGAACCUUACUCGCAGAAGGAAGGCUUGGACCGGUGUACCGAGGAUUUCUACCGGGAGGCAUUCAUGUGGCCGUGAAGGUUUUGGUCCACGGAUUAACAGUGACGGACCAGGAAGCUGCAAAGGAGCUCGAGCGGCUUGGCCAGAUCAAGCACCCCAAUUUAGUGCCAUUAACCGGCUACUGCUUGGCCGGGGAUCAAAGGAUCGCCAUCUAUGAUUACAUGGAGAACGGGAACCUACAGAAUCUGCUCCAUGAUCUACCACUGGGUGUGCAAUCAACCGAAGACUGGACCAGUGAUACAUGGGAGCAAGAGAAUCCUGGCACGCAAAGCAUCACGACCGAAGGAAUGACUACUUGGAGAUUCCGGCAGAAGAUUGCAUUAGGUGCUGCAAGGGCGCUGGCAUUUCUCCAUCACGGAUGCUUCCCCCAGAUGGUUCACAGAGAUGUGAAAGCAAGUAGCAUUUAUCUUGAUUCGGCAAUGGAGCCCAGGUUAGCUGAUUUCGGACUAUCGAACCUGGUUGGGACAAGCAUGGAAGGCGGCAUGGCUCGUUUUUCACCAGGCUAUGCUCCUCCAGAGUUCUCGGAGUCUGAAAACACAUUGGCAACAACAAAAUCGGAUGUCUACGGGUUCGGGGUAGUUCUGUUUGAACUCCUCACGGGGAAGAAACCGAUCGGAGAUGAAUAUGCCGAAGACAAGGAGACUACUUUGGUCAGUUGGGCAAGGGCAUUGGUGAGGAGAAAGGAGCUCGCAAGAUUAAUCGAUCCAAAGAUGCGGGAAACAGGAGCAGAGAAACAAAUGGAGGAAGGGCUGAGGAUUGCUUAUCUGUGUACAGCUGACUUGCCGUCGAAGAGGCCAUCCAUGCAGCAGAUUGUGGGUCUUCUCAAGGACAUUGAGCCUGUUUCUGUUUGGCAUUGAAUUGAAUUGAAUUGCAGAGCUUCCAUUCAGGUGUUUGCAUUUCCCUACUACUCUGCAGCUCUCUCCAAAUCAACUGUAUGAUCUACUACCUCUGAAACUGAAGCUCAGUUUUUCUUUCGUCUUCUUUUUUAUUGGGCUAUCAUUGUGGUCUCAGUAUGCCACCAUAAAAUAGAAAGAUGGAACCCUCAGGUUACAUUCUCACAGAACUUGUUAUAACUUCCUUGGUUUGUCCUUGCAUUCUUUUCUUCUAUGACAAAUUACUUGCCAUCAAACUAGUAUUAUGUCUUUUUGUCCAUCAAACCUUCUUCUUCGACUUGCGAGUGUCAGCUUCUGGCUUUUGUGUUUGAUUUUGGUAGAUUGCAACUGUUUUUGUUUGAGGAAAAUCCUUUAUCAGCUCACCAGAUGUUAAUCCUUGUCAUGUAGUAUUAGCGAAAAUUGAAUCGGAACAUGUUUGACAUAAUUAAUCUGCCAUCUUUGUAUCGAUUAAUGAUUUAAAAUGCUAAGCAAAACCAAAAGUUUGACAACUAGGAUAAGUAAUAUUUCCAAGUCGAAAAAAUCAAUCAACCUACUGGCCUCUUAAUAUGCCACAUAUUCCAAAAAGCAAACAACUGAGCAGAUUAUUUUGAAUCACCUUCUCUUAUCUUAAUGCCUUUUUGCCUCAUAUGUAUGAAUUCCUAAGAUAGAAUAAGUACUCAAUUGAAAUAGUAUUAGGUCAACCAAAUCGGAGCAGUAGUGGUUAAACAUAAAAAGAUAAAGCCUGUUUUAUUUAAGGUUGUGAAUUUGCAUGUUCUUUUUUUUCUCUUUGUGCUGGUGAAUGAUUUCAAAUGCUAACCAAAGUUUGACAACUAGGAGUCCAGGAUAAGUAAUAUUCCCAAGUUGAAAGAAUCAAUCAACCUACUGGCCCAAUAAUAUGUAUGCCAUAUUCCAACAAGCAUACAGAAGAGCAAAUUAUUUUGAAUCAUCUUCUCAUGUCUUACCAUCUCUCAUAAUUAUUGGCUUCUAAGAUAGAGGAUUAAGUAUCCAGCAUAUAUGAUAAUUAAUCAAGGAAAUCAAAUCUGAACUUAAAGCCUAUGUUAUUCAAGGUUGUUAGUUUCAGUGUCAUGGUAACUGAGAUAAACAAUUGAAUACUCUUGAUCAAUCAAACCAUACUCACUUAUCAAAGGUCAAAAGUUCAAAGUUUCAUCGGAUAUACUUUCAAAGGUGCUAACUAGAUUAACCGACAAAGAUUUAAGUAAGUAAUAUUUAAAGUUCAAAGAUAAAAUCUCUUAUAUUUAAGUGUGUUAGUUUCAGUGUCCUGUUAACACAAUCAAUAAUCUCAUGAAAGCUUUGAUGAAGCAAACUUAAGAUUUUCUUUUUAUUAUUAUGUUUGAAGUGCAGCAAUAUUAAUUUUGGCCACAGGAAGGCACUAAAAUUCUUCCCCCCCAAUGAAUGAUCUUAUCUUACAUUGGUCCACUAUGAACAGUUAUUCUUGGACUCUCAUGCAAGAAGCAUGUGUCAAGUAGUAGUUUCAAAUCAUUAGAUGAGAGCUGUGUUCAGCUUAUUUAUUCUUUUAUAUCAGACUCGCAAAUCAUACUCCUUCUUACUCAUUAAACCUUGUGUAGCCACACAUCAGAGUUAAUGCAGAAAUGCCUUGUAGUGUGAUGUGCAGUAUAAUAAAAUCCCUGUCGCCUGCAUUAAAAAACAUUAGGUAUGAGCACUCAUGAUGGCAAACCAAACACACCGUUGUUUACUUAAUGGCUUGGUUGGUGUGCAUGUUUGAUGUCUUUGACUUCCAUGAGCAUUUCAAGGAGGUUACCUUUAAGAAGUGGGAACAGCUGAUGCACUCUUCAUCUUGUCCUUGUCAUAACUUCGAAUUUCUCAUUCGAUUUUGUAUCCUUUUCCCUCUCUCUCUCUCUCUCUCUCUCUCUCUUCUUAGGAAGGUUUGAUGGCCCAAACAUAUCAGCAGUCAGAGGCAGCAGCAGCAGCAUCCUCGAGCGUGUUCAGUCAGGCAUUUAGUGGGGGAGGUGCAGUAAUAGCAAAAGUGAAGAGGUUGGUAUCAGGCGAUCAUCAUAAAUUCUACUGGUGUUGGGUUGUGCACCUGCGAAGUAUACAAAGACGUGAAACACAGUGCCAAGUGACAUGGUGAGG